AGCGGCGCUCCAUUUCCAGACUCAGCAAUAAUAUGGCAGCCAAUACAGACCCGCGCGUCGCCCUGAUGGGCAGCGCGCCCACGCAAGGCAACCUGCUUGCGGUUCGGAAGCGCGCAGAGGACCUGCAGAAAACCAUCGACCAGGUCAUCUACGCGCUCCGAUUCAAUUCGGGCCUGCUCAAAUGGGACGACAUCAUAAACAAGUACAGCGUCAUCAACAAGCAGCUGGCCUCCCUGCGUGAGGCGCUGCGCCCCGGCACGCUGGACGGCUACGCACUGCUGCCGCGCCUGGUGCCCGACCCGGGGUUCGCAGAGGCUGUGACCGUGCAGCUGUCCAGCGCUCUUACGCCGGAGGGCGAGGCGGCGGCGGUGGAGGCGGCAGCGGCCGUCGAUGCCGCGCUGGGGCUGGGUCCGCCCGGAGAGAUGCCGUCCAUGCGGCGCUUCGAGAUCCUGAACAGUGCGGUGGAGGCGCACAACGGCCUGAUCGCGGCGCUGACCGGCACCGCGGGGGCGGGCAGCGAGGGGCCGCUGUUCGAGCAGGGUCCGCUGCGCAAGCGGCAGCGCGAGGUGAGCGACGCCACGCUGGCCGUGCUACAGGCCAAGGCGCGCACGCAGGCGGCGGCGGCGGCGGCGCUGUCGGCGGCGGCCAGCGGCCCGCCCGCCAGCUCAGGCGGCGGACGGCAGGUGGCGGCGCAUGCCAGCACGGUGCAGCGCGGGCGGCAGCAGCCGGGGGUGGCGGCGGGGCCGGGCGGCGGCGCGGGCGGCGGCGUCCCCGAGGGCCCCAUGGACCCUGCCCUGGUGUUCCUGCUGACGGGCGGGCGAUGAGUGUGGCGGCGCUGCGGGGUGUGAGGGGGAGUGGUGGCGUGUCACUGGCUGCGGGUUCGUGGUGAUAGAACGGGAAGAGGCGUCGCGGUGAUGGCUGUCCAAUGGUCUUGAAAAGAGGGUCGGUGAGAAUGGCGGCUAGGUGAAUAGGGGGAAUUUAGGCAGCAGGUCCGAAUGGCGGCGGUGGUGCCGUCGCAGGGCCUGGCGGUGGCGGCGGCGCCGGCGGCAGCAGCGGCCCUGGGCCCAGCAGUUGCGGCGUGCAUGUGCGUAGCGGAGGUGGCAGGCAAGGCCAUGUGGAGGAGGAGAGCGCGGCGCCGCCCAAGUUGCGGCGCCGGCGCGCAGGGUGAGACUCGGCCGGUGUCUGGUUAGCGGACCUUGCUUAGCGUUUAUUAGGAUUGGGUAGAACCACUUUCUUGUCAGGGUCGCGUGUGUACUGGGAAGACCCUGCAAGCGGAGGCUUGGUGAGCGGUGCUUGGAUGAGGCACUGGAACAACAUGGACAACGCAACGUGCCUUAACAUUAUCUAAGUGCACAUCCAGUAAAACCGGCAGAGCAGUCAGCAUGGGGUUCUCAUGUGAGUGCGGACGUGUGGUGGGUUUAGUGACCUGGCGGACAAACGUGCAGCAAUACCCGACCUCAGAGCAAGCACUGGGACGGACUCAUGGUGUGUCUUGUCUACAAUGUAUUUGGCAUGCAGUUAUGCAGUAUCUGACGUCCUCAACG